AUGGAGGUCAGACGUCAAAUUCUUUGCUCUGUGAUAUUUUUAGUGUAUUUGACCUUGAUAUUGCAAAGUACCCAGUGGUAUAAAGUAAACUCCACUGCAAAAUGUAAAGCCUGUUUUGCGUGUCUAAGUUUGAAACUGGAUGCUAAAUCUUACCCUGGAAGAAACGAUUUGCGAAGGAAUGCUGGCGUGUCAAAAAGUGGCCUAAGGAAGGACCUUUCCCGCAGCGACAAGUUGAGAAAUGUGCUUCGCCUCACCAACAUGAGUAUGUGUGCCUGGUACUUGAUCUUACUAUCGGGAGACAUACAGUUGAACCCAGGACCGACAAGAAGAGAAAAAGAUCCUUGCUCAAUUUGUUCUAAAGGAUGCAGAACGAAGGCAAUAUUGUGUGACUGCUGCGAUUCAUGGUACCAUACGAAGUGUAUCGGCAUGUCAAACGUGGAGUAUGAAGAAUUAGGAAAACCUAGUGCUAGAUGGGACUGCAUCCGUUGCCUGUUUCCAAAUACGUUCACAGAUCAAAUCAUUGGAAAAACGAUAAAUGAUACACCAAAUGAGGCAGGAGGGCCCAAAUAUAUGUUCCCAAAAUUAAGGCGCGGCCUGAAAAUAGCCCAUCUGAAUAUAAACAGACUAUACAAUAAGUUAGACUCUGUGAAGGAAUUACUUCAGCAUACCUCUCUCGAUGUACUUGGUUUAACUGAAACUUGGCUAACAUCAGAUAUUGAUGAUGACGAGCUUGAAAUUGAGGGUUAUUCGAUCUUCCGUGAGGACAGAGGGACGAAGGGUAAAUCCGAAGGCGGUGGAGUCAUUACUUACGUGAAAAGUUGCCUGAAAGUUGUACCUCUACAAAACGUACUAGAUGCUGAUAUUGUGGGAAAAUUGAUAAAAAUUGAAAGAUCGCGAUACAAACCAAUGAUCAUCGGAACUUUUUACAGACCCUUGAACUUUGACCCUUACAAGUUUAUUGAAGCAUUGAGCAACUCAUUUACAAAUCUCGACACAUCCAAAAACGAGUUUGUUAUUAUGGGAGACUUCGAUAUUGAUUUUUCCAGUAAAAAGGGCUCCAAGUUGCAGCGAUCUUUCAAAUCAUUUUUAUUGUCUCAUGACUUGCAUCAAAUAAUUGAAAAGGCGACAAGGGUGACUGAAUAUUCAGAAACUUUAAUAGACUUCAUUUGCGUUAACAAUAAACACAGAGUUGUUCAAUGGGAAGUGAAUGAUACCCACUUGAGUGACCACAGCAUCGUUGUUUGCGUUCUGAAAGGUGGUGUUCCCAAGACACCUUUUCGCAUAAUUGAAUAUCGAUCUUACAAAAAAAUUAACAAAGAACAGUUUUGCAGCGAUUUGAAAGAAAUGCCUUGGAAUGAAAUAAAUUCAAUUGGUUGUAUUGAUGAGGCUGCCACGCAUUGGGAAUCACUUUUCAACAGAGUUGCGGAUAAGCAUGCGCCUAUCAAGAAACAAAGAGUAAAAGGUUUUAAAACACCUUGGGUUACAAAUGAAGUCCUGCAACUGAGACGUGAAAGAAACUACCAUCAAUCAAAGGGACGAAAAACUAGGUCCCUGUAUCAUUGGCAAAUGUACAGAAGCUUGCGCAAUCACAUAAAUCGUUCGGAGAAGAGGCUGAAAUCAGAGCACUUUUGCAAAAUGAUUGAUGAGAACAAAAACGACAGUUCGCGUAUGUGGAAAUCCCUAAAAGAUGCCCUUCCUCAGUCAGCCAACCAUUCUGUUUCUGUUAUCAAAUCCGGAAAGAAAGUCCUUUCUAAACCAGUUCAAGUUGCUGAAGUGUUUAACAAACAUUUUACAACUAUAGGUCAAAAAAUCGCAAAGGCCUUUGGGAAAGGAAAUAAAGAUGCAAGAGGAAUUUUGCAAAAGAAAACUGAUAAGAGUUUCCAACUGGCAAUUUCGUGA